UAGAUAAAAGAUUUAAUCCUAUAUUACUUAGAAUCCAAUGCGACACUCAUUUUCCUGAACACAAUAACAAAGCUCUGUUGGAAAGACUUAACAGGCCUUCAGAACAACCAUAAUGUAAGAGGCUGGUUAUGAAACACUGACGAGAAUUUAGUGGUGAGAGCAGCUGCAGCCAGUGAGCAGGAUGGGUGGCGGGAAGAAGGUGGUGGCGGAGGCCUUCACUCACCCUCAGCGUGUUAGACUCCUCUACAAGACAAUCCUCAAGUUGCACCGAGGCCUCCCACUGGAACUCAGAGCCCUGGGUGACCAGUACACCAAGGAUGAGUUCCGGCGCCACAAGGAGGCCAGUGUGGAGCAGUCCCAGGCCUUCAUGAUGGAGUGGACCAACUAUGCCAUCACAGUGGCCAAGCAGCUCGGGGUGCGCGGCGCCCAUACCGCCAAGACCCUUGGUCGCCCACUGUCCCAGGGCGACCUGGACCAGUUCAACGAUGAGCAGGUGUACCAGCUGCACGAGCUGUACGAGGCAGCCACUAAACCAGCAGAGGCCCCCACCACACCGCCGCAGGACCACAAGAAGGACACGUGAGCAGGACAACUUUUAUUACGUGACAGAUGGACACAAGUUAUGGCACAACCUUAUGGAAAGACCGAACGACAAAAUCUGACACGAUGUUCCCACCAUUGUAGUAAUUACCGUGCCUGGCAGAGGUCACACGUCUAGAGUAACUGAUUUAGCACAGCAGAGAGCCACGGGGAGUGACGAGGGUGGCUGCUAGUGUCGGGCAGUUUGACUGGUGAUGUCGUUGGCUAACUUAUGCUGAGUUAAUUUUGUCCUCAUCUCAGGGAGAAAAUGUGUUCAUCAGAUGCACAGCACGCGAGUUUUAACACGGGUGAGUCACUGCUCCUGUCUGCCGUGUUGCAUGUGGUGGGUCGCCCGGGGUGGUGACAAGACAGGAAGUGGUGGUAGCGCUGUGGUGCAGUGCAGGUGUGUGCCCCUGGCAGACCAACACCUGGCCAGCAGGCGUCCUUGGCACAAGAUUACCUGUGCAUGACAAUGAAUUAGCCAUCAAACAAAUCUGUGCAUUGCAAAUAUAUCUAAAUAGAUUCAAAUUUUCUGAUAUUUGUAUAUAGAGAUGUUAUAUAAUACACCUUGAUUUAUAA